CAAAAAUGAGGAGCUGAACAGAAAUAGCUAUUUCUUCCACAAUUACAGGGCCAGACAAGCCUGGGAGAUCAAAAAGAUGAAAGUAAAAGAAAAUGCAGUUUCAAACUGCUUUUAAAGCUUUGGUACAUGAUUUGUAUGGCCAAUACUGCUAACACUGUGGUGCAUAAAGACAACAGAUCUGACCUCACUGCAGGCUGGUCACAAAUGGAUCCGUCAAUGAGUGAUGAGAUGAACAGAAAUGGCUAUUUCUUCCACAAUUACAGGGCCAGGCAAGCCUGGGAGCACGAGCUGGCCCAAGUUGGCUGUGCUGCUUGCAGGACUACUGUGUGUGGCGCUUCUGUCUUCCAUGAUUGGACUGUAUGCCAAGAGCACUGCGGAGAGAAACCAGUGUGAGUUGGGGUACAGCGGGCUGAAGACGGAGACAGAGGAGCUACAGACCAACCUGACCAAAGACAGGGACCUGCUAAAUGACCAGCAUAACGAGCUGAAGCUACUGCAUUCCCAGCUACAGCUGACAUACAACAAAACAGAUAGAGUGAAUGAUCAUCUGCUAUUGCGGCUUUGUAAAUUGGAGAUGAAAGUAAAAGAGAAUGCAGUGGACAUAUCACUGGACCCAGAUACUGCAGGUCCCCUUCUGAUCUUUUCUGCAGAUAGGAAGCGAGUGUGGUUGGGAGACAGUCAACUGAGGCGCCCAUCCAGUCCCAAGAGGUUUGAUGCCCCUAUUGUCUUAGGUAAACAGGGAUUCUCCACUGGCAGAUUUUACUUUGAGGUUCUGGUCAAAGGGGUGACAUCAUGGUAUUUAGGGGUCACAAGAGAGUCCAGUAACAGGAAGGGAAGUAUCAUACCUCGACCGCAGAUCGGUCACUGGACCAUACGCCAAAAUGCUCAGAAAGAGUUUUUGGCUUUAGCUGACAACCGUGUCACUUUUAACCCAUUAAGUCGUGUUGAGAGAGUGUGAGUGUUUGUGGAUUAUGAGGCAGGGGAGGUCUCCUUUUACAAUGCAGGAAUGUGGGUCUGGGACCUGCUCUACUCUUUCAACCAUGUUCAUUUUAACGACACAAUAUAUCCGUUCUUCUGCGCACAAGCAAAAUCUCCUCUGAUCAUCAUCACUACCCCGGUGUCUUGCUAUGAAGACUUCUAAUAAUAUCCACACCAUUUGCCAAGAUUAUAUAAACAUUUGUGAUUCUGGUGAGAUUAACGGUCUUUUGUAUAAUGUAGCAUUGAUAAAGUAUCCUCUGCAAUAGCAUUUGUUCAAAAGCUAUAAUGAUGAACAAACAGGUCAUUUAAAAAAAAUGAGCGGUGUAAAAGUAACUAAACAGAUAAAUAGACCAACCAGAGACCUAGCCAAUUAGGCAUAGACAUUAUUUCACUGUAAUUACAUGGACAUAGUGUAAACGAGACUAUUUGAGAUUGAUUUUGUUCAAUGUGGAGAGGAACAGAGGAACAGAGAGAGGACAACAUAAUGCCUGGACAAAGGAGAGGAAUAAGCUACACACGGGAGAGGAAGAGCCCCAGGGAAAGGUCAAGAGUAGUUACAGGACCAGGGAAAGGGAGAAGGACUGUUACAAGGAGAGGAGACAUGCCCAAAGGUGAGGAAGAGCUGUUGCCACUGAUGAAAUAGGACUAUGCAUAUUUUUUGUCCAUUCUGUGCUUUUUACUGAAUAUGUGUAUUGUAUUUUGAGACUUAUGGAACCAAAGGGCAGCUAAAUUGUUUGCAGUUGCAAAAUGCUGUAAAGAUUUUACUGCAGCAUUUCUGGCAUAGUAUUUUCAUACUGUACAUUCUAAAUAUAAAUUUUAAUUUACUUUUAGAUAAUAUAAUGCUAAAAUGACACAUCUAACACUCAUCCAAAAACAGAUGGGUAUGGUAAAACAAUGGAUCACUUAUUGUACACUGUAUUCAGGUUGCUGUACUGAAACAUAAAGUAACACACUUUUUGAAAUGACACAAAUGAUAGUAUUUUGACUGUGCUCCUCUUGGAUAUAAAAAUGUGUGCUAUGCUUUUAGACUGAUUUGACUUUGAAACAGGUACAAAUAAAGUUUGUUUAUGUGGGGAAAGUUUUUUUUUUUUGUGAUGUGGUGUUGUGGUGAUGUGGACUUCAUAUGUUCAUGAACAAAAUGGUUUCAAGCAGGAAAUAAACUUUUUGGUGAAUUUU